AUGUCUUUGACGACUAGUAGUAUCUCGCUAUUGACCCUUCUGUGGAGUUGUCUUGUCGUAGCAGACCUUUCUCAAGGAAUGCUUUUUCCCAGGGAGACAGAAACGCGACAGGUUAAAUCUUUGGACGGGAUGUGGGAUUUUAGAGCGGAUAUUUCCUUUGUCGGGUUUGAAGAGAUGUGGUACUCGUUACCCUUGGCAGAGGUAAACGUUCUUCAUUGAUGGAUUGCACUAUGCUGAUUUCACCCUUAUUUCAAACCUCGCUGACGCUCUCCCAGCGAAAAAGAUGGGGUUGCCUUAUUGGCUUUAGAGCUUGGAAAAGACCUUGAACUUGUUUGAAUACUAGUGCACUUCAAAAAUGUUUACAUUGUAGUCCACGAUAUAGCGAAUUCAAAUUGACAAGAAAGUAUGAAGCUGGAUUUUAUUUGUAGGUGCACGUGCGUUUGUGGAAGAAAGUGUUAGGAUUAAGGUUAGGAUUCCCGUUAAAGGACGUUUAAUCACAGGUGCGCACUUGUAAAUCAAUCCCCGCAAUAAGAUGGUAACAUGCUGAAAGCCCUAAAAGCACUAUAGGAAGGCAGGGAAUGGAUAACUAAUCUAGUGAACGUUUUAAUCGGAUUUUAGGCAUUAAAAGUUAUAGAAUUGCAUCAUCCCCCUUAAGUUUUGCCUUGAGACGGUGAAUGACAUGUUUCCGCCCGGUAAUAUAGCCAAAUGUUAUGAAAAUGUGUCUGCUUACAUUAUUGCUUCGGAACGAGGAGGUCUAAAAAGCCCUCAAUGUGUUCAGAAAGGUAGUGAUCCGCAGCUUAUAUCAUGAAAUAAAGACCGCGCGCAUUUCUUAGCUUGGACUUCUGCAGGCACCACAACUGAAGGACCUGAAGAACACUCGGGUCAUUGUGAGCAACUAGCCACUACCUGUGCGCACAUGCGCAAUCGCCCCUUCUUUGCAUGACUGUCAUCGGCAACCGUCAGUGCUAUCCACGGGAAUUUGACAUUUUGUUUUGUUUUGUUUGUUUGUUUUCUGUGAAAAAUCAGUCCUUAAAGGAACCUUCAAUACUCCAUGAUAAACAUUCAGCUUCUAGGCGACUGAAAAUGAGAUGAUGUCAAGUCGAUUUUCAAGUUCCAGUGUCAUAACAGGCACACGGGACUUGAAAAAUCGGCCCUACUAAUUUUAGGUUUGUGAUGUUCCUCGACGCAAUUAAGCUUCCUUUAAUUUCUUUAUGGAUUAUUUCAGAGAGGGGAAGUCUUGUCGAUGCCAGUUCCCUCAAGUUACAAUGACAUAACCGAAGAGCGAUGGCUCAGGGACUUCAUUGGCUGGGUCUGGUACGAAAAGGUGUUUUAUGUGCCACCGUCCUGGAUAACCACCCCCAAAAAAGUGAUUUUGCGGUUUGAAAGCGUGUUUUACCAUUGUAAAGUGGUAAGUUAAGGGUGUUAGGGAACCCUUUGUGGUUCCUUUUAAGUAAAAGGGCCAGGCCCGAAUGAUUAAUUAACAAAACGGUAAAGCAAAGUAGAUCAAAGUAGAAAAAGUACGGCUUGACCGUAUAGUAUGAGUUUUUCUAUUUUGCAAACUUUCCUUUAGAUGGAGAACUUCAGAACUUCUUUAUUAAGGAUAAAAACAUAAAAAGUUCUUCAUGUCACAAUUGCAAGUGUGGGACUAAUUAAGAGCAUCCGAGUUUCAGAUCGCGACUGGAUUCGAAUCCCUAAUGGCUAAUGAGCCAGACAUCAUCUGGGCGCUCUGAUGUCUGAGCUAAGACACCAUGGACGGCUAAGUCGUGCACCAGAAACAAAUCACGAAACAUAUCACAUAACACGAGUCCUGUACACUGCUGGGUCCUUGUCCCCAGUACCUAUAGUCAAAACGUGUUGCAACAGCAACACAAGGACAUCGUGCAAGUAAGACAGGUGCCUCCCUCUUUCCUAAAAAGAAGAACCACCUCGGUAAGAGUAAAAAGGUCCCUGUCACCAGAACAUUUAUACUAUGUUUCCCACCCUGAACACCUGUAGUACUGCAGUGAAGGUAGCAGCUUAUAUUAAUAUCUUUUCAGUGGUUAAACAACAGAGAGAUAUUAGAGCACGAGGGAGGAGAUUUGCCAUUUGAGGUUGAUAUUACCAAAGAAGUGCGGGCCAUUAAAAGUCUUCAUAGAAACUCUUAUCGACUGACAGUAGCCGUGAAUAAUACUUUGCUAUUUUCCAUGCCGCCAAGAAAGUUUGGGAGCGAAACCAGCAGGUAAAUAAACUAUAUAGGAAUGUACAAUGUACCAAUACGUUCUAAUCGUGCAAUGAGAACAAACUAUUAUAAAAUUUCAUGCAGGUGACCGUUCAGGCCUCAGAGAUAUUUCCAUGAUCUACAGUGUUGUAAUUCUUACAAUAGCUGCAUACCCGUCUGAGGGAGCCCAUAGGCGACCGGAAUUCAAACUCCUUAAAAGAGUGUGUCGCGCUGCGCUAGAAACCUCGAAUAUCCCUUAUUUACUUUUGAAUUCGUCAAAGUCGUUUUUCGGAGAAGGGAAGGCGUGAAUAGUAUUUAGUGAGUAGUAUUAAGGAGUCUGUUUAUAAACAUUUGACUGUAAAUUCGUCAGGUCAUCUUACUGCGACUCAUCUAAUGAAUACAUCAUAGAUGUGGAUUUCGCAGGAAUCCAUGGUUCGGUAAAGCUAUACACUACCCCGGAAGUAUACAUAUCUGACAUCACUUACACAACUAACCAUGAUUACAACAAGGCUUCCAUAAAAUUCAUAACAAAAGUUGACGUAGACGAGCACAUGAAACAGAAUCAGAUCAUUAUGAAUUACGAGUUACUGGACAGACAGGGGAGAGUGGCAGCUUCUGUUGGAGGCAAAAAGAUUUUCAGAGGGGAGAUGACAGUGGAUAACCCUACCCUUUGGUGGCCGAUUGGUAUGAGCGACACACCAGGUUAUCUUUAUACAUUAAAGGUAAAGUAAAUACGAAGAGAAUUUUCAACUUCCGCUUUUCGUUUCAACAAAGUUGCAAAGAUUCACUUUUAUAACUAAAGAGAAAAUCAAUAGUCAUUUUUAAUUACCUACACAAUUUAAGUAGCUUUCUUAUUUGAAAAAUGAUCAGAGAGAAAAUGUGUUAGGGUAAGUUUUUGUUCAGUCUGCUUCAUUGUAUGCGUUUCUCUUCGUAAUCAUUAAUAUUUAUUCAGUUUAUUCUAUUUAAUUAGGUGUUGGACAUUUUAACUUUAUUCAGCGAUAUAUAUAAAUAAGUCUGUUUUUGGGUCGGUUCGGAAAUCAAAAGUUCCACCAUAUCUCAAAUAUCUUUUGUUAAGGGACAAAGGAUGGUGUUUACAAGCUAUCAGACCAGCUGGACACACUUUAGAUUCUACUAGCAAACCUUUGCUGGUCAGUUAAGGCCUUGGCUAAAUGAUUUUUGCACCGUCCUCUUCGGUGUUGGAAUCAAUCAAAAAAUAGAAGUUGAACGCACGAUUAAUAGUAGGAAACAUCACAAGUGUAGUUUCAGUCUUUCACAAUUAAGGUUUAACUGAGGUUAAGAAACACCCCUUCAAGCUUAUUUAAGAAACACAGAAACAAGAGCAAAAGAUAGAAAUAGGUAGAUGUAUUCAGCUGUGGAAUAGGAAAACAAGCGUUUCCUGUAAACGAAGUUCGUUAACUUAAACCUGGAGUUGGUUCUCACUUUCGCUUCCAAACUUGAAUCAUAACCAGAUUUCCUUAUCUCAUUAAAAUCUAACCUAAGGCCACGCGUCCUAACACCUUUCGAGUUCUUUGUUCUCAGUUGACCAGUUUUAGUCAAAUUUCACUUACUUUUCUGACCUCAAACUAGAAUUUCUUUCGACACAAUCUUAGGAAAAUUUAGUUUCUUUCAAACUAUCGUUUUGGUUCCCUGUAAAGGAAUUUGGGUAUGGAGAUACAGUGAAACCUGUACUAAGCGGACGCUCUCUAUUAUCCGGACAGUAGCCGAGGUCCCCCAAUUUUUUUCCCUUAUUUACUCUAAAUGAAACCUUUAUUAAGCGCACACCUCUAUUAAGCGGACGCGGACACCUAAAAAAAACCUGAAAUGGCCAUUUCUAUUGUUGCCAACCUGUAUUAAACGGACACUUGUAAUUAAAUUCUACCACCCAACAUGCCAGACACCGGAAAUGCGACAGAUUGCCACCCACAAAUUUUUCGAUUUUUACAUUAAAUAACGUGACUUGACGAACUUAUUUUAUUAGUUUCACAGUACAGUAUGGUAUUCUAUUUCGUUUAGUUUGUAUAGAGCUUGUUUCACUCAUCUGAGUUCUUCAAAUUUGAGUUGUAAUCUAUGUUUAUGGUACUACGAUCAAUUGGUCCUCUUUGAUAAAGAAAUUAAUGCAAACGGAUACCGUCAUAGUCCCUGGGAGUAUUCUAAACGUUUCCAUUGUUCAUUUGAAUGGCAUUUGACACCUCAUAUGACGUUAUGACCUGUAUUAGGCGGACACCCUGUAUUAAGCGGACACUACAGCAUUCCCCGAGGGUGUCCGCUUAAUACAGGUUUCACUGUAUUUUUCUACCACGCGUAGCGGGAAUCAACCCCAUUUCAGUUCCUUUUGUUUUCUAAACUCUGACACUUACUAACACCUUUUCCUUGCAUAUGAAUGCCAUGCAAAACUGUAAAAAAUCAAUUAACUUAAUUGUUCAAUACAAAUAGAACCUCUUGUGAGUAGCUUCACAGUUACGCCUUGAGAUCUGAGAUAGCUAAGAGGAGUUUGUAACUUCAACGGAAAGAUUAAACCAUCGUCAACUGCCAAACUCUGGUUGUGUCACCUCUCUUCACGUAAUCCUAAAGUCUGUAGAAGUCUCCCUCUACAAAUGUUAUGUACAAAGUGGACUAUAACAUCAACCAUGCCAUCGCAGUCCACAUGCAUGAGAAUAAUGUGAUAGACUAGGGCAAUUGCGUCACAGUCCACAGAGAACAACACCAAAAAAUAUCAGGGGAUAUAGAAGCUCAGUCAUACCUACGACCCUCCACACUUUCGUAGAACAAAUCAAGCUGGAUGAUAAUGGGGAAAUCUGUUACACUGUGAGGAAAGAAAAGCGACAUGCGACAAAGAGACAAAUUGAAGAACACCAAAACAACCUAGCCAUUGCAAUGCGAACCACACAACUACUAUUUACCCAAAUGCAUACAGCUAUUUCGAGAAAGUUGUCGGAAAAUAUGCACGCGACUAUCCCCGAAAGGUAUUGUGGGUGGUCUUGAUUUCAGUGUUCUUCAAAGAAAUUUGAAAGAAUGGCACAAGAGGCCAUAGACGUAUGCUUGGGAGUGCUAAAGGAAAACAACAACAGUAAGUUCGACACUUAUGUCCAGAAAAGUUCAUGCAAUGGCGAAAAUGGCGAAAAAUCGCCAGCCCCCGACGAUUUGAAUUGAAUGCCAAAGUGGCCCCUUGGAGACUGGCGAUUUUGGCAAAAAUCGCCAGAGGGCUGGCGAUAAGUAUCAGUAUCAGUAUCAGUGUAUUGAUCACAUCCCAUAUUACCUUUCGGGAUAGUCGCGUGUCCAUUUUUUCCGACAACUUUUCCCGAGAUAGCUGUAUGUAUGUGACUGAAGGGUCGAAAAGUCUAACUGUUUUCUUUUAGGUAACUGCUUCAUAUAAGGAGAUACAUGAUGUGUAUAGGCUCCCAGUGGGCUUUAGGACCGUGCGUGUGGAGGGACCCAGAUUCCUCAUCAAUAACAUUCCUUUUUACUUUAAGGGAUUUGGUAAAAUACAGGAUAGUGAGGUAAGUGAUAAUCUUCUGUUUGGUCGUUAUUGUUUUAGUUCUCAAAUGGAUGUUUUCUUAAUGACAUGCUUUACGAAAGUAUCACUGAAAACAAAAAUUCACCGUGGAAAUUUAAGGGCUGGUUUAUUCCUAUGACGUAAGUACAAGCGCAUGCUCAGACGCAGUAACUUGUUGAAAAUGUGGGUCAAACUCGUUUCAGGGUCCCUCUCUUAAUUUUACUGAGGGGAAAGACCCUUUUUUUCUCGAGGAAGAGAGAGAGAUGACCCUGGAAACAAGGCUGCAUUAGGGCCUUUUAUCAUCGAAGAGCUCUUAUGAUUGACUGGCGUCAAUGCGUCUGUGAAUGCUCCCUUGCUUACGCUUACAUCGUAUAUGCGUAAACUAGAAAAUAGUCACUCAAAAUUUGCAAAAUUAUUUAUCCUUGACAUCAAAGGUUGCGGAAACAAAAAACUUGGAUACAUGACGUAAAAGUUCAGUGAUUUACAGAGUAGACCCUCCAAUUUAUGAGAUUUCCCUCAAAAGGAGGACUAAAAUACUUCUACUAUACUACUGUGGUCUCCCAAAUAACUGAUAAACUGUUUGUUAGAAUGCAUGUUUCGACAUAAUGUCUUAACGUUUUGGGACUGAAAUACUCCCACUAUACUACUGAGGUCUCCACAAUAACUGAUAAACUGUUUACUAGAAUGCAUGUAUAUAUUGUUACAAUGUCUCAACGUUUUGGCCAUAAAUAGAUCCGAGGUCGAGGCUUUGAUUACGUCACUUUGGUACGAGACUUCAAUCUGAUGAAGUGGUUUGGUGCCAAUGCCAUACGUACAACCAAGCACCCACCUCCAAAGGAACUUCUGGAGCUUACAGACAGACAUGGUAUUGUGGUUAUAGACGAGAGUCCUCCAGUGGGACCAAAGGAAAUUUUUAUGUACGUGAAAGUAAAAUUUUCACUCUUGUAGUAGCAAUUCUUUUGAAUCAACAUAACCGAUAUCAUAUAAUGCUGAAUUUUGCUAGACUGCAGAUACCUACCUCAGUCUUACACUGUCUGUCCUUAUGUACUUCAGAAUGCUUGCUAGAAAACAAUAAUGGCACCGUUUCCAUAAGUGUAACUCGGUGUCAUUUGUUGAAUGUUUUGAUUCUGUCAUUCGGUAGUUCAUCCAUUUACUAAACUGCUCAUUCAUUCAUUCAUUCAUAUAUUCACUCAUUGUUUUUAUUUUGUUCAUUUUUUCAUUCAUUCAUUCAUCCAUCUAUUCAUUCCGGAAAAUUACGUUUUUCCUAAUCUGCCAAAUUAGAAAGGAAAUUGACCAUCUAUGAUCGAUUCUUUCGCUCACUCGAGAAGUCCUUACACCAAAACACAGGGAAAGGAGACAGUGGAAAGACACUUUUCAAGAUCUUUACCUUCUCGUCUUCUAUGCGUUAACUGAUAAUUCGAAUUAAAUCCUCGUGUCUUUGCUAUCGUUGGCCGAUAGCUCAAUGAAAGUUUGGCUUAGGGGGGACCGGUCAUUAUUAAUCGCCUGGCGGGGGACGGAGGAUUUUAGGGGGGAUCACUUGAUUUUUAGGAGAACAAAACGGGGGAUCAAUCGUAACUUACAGCCCAAAAGGGGGAAUCACUGAAAACUUUGGAAGGAUUCAGGAGGGACCACUCAAAUUUGCUUCGAAAAUGAAGCCAUGAGGGGUGGGGGGGAAAUCGCGAAAGUCAUCAAAAGUUGUUAAGGGGGAUCACUUCAGUGAAGUAACAUUCAAAGGGGGGAUCAGCUAAAUUUCACCUUGUUUAGCCCCAAAUCCCCCCCCCCCCCCCGGCGAUAAAAAAUGACCGGUUCCUUAACAGGGAUUUUGUGUUUCUAGGGACGACAUAUCAGAUCACACCAUAAACCGACACCUCGACCUGCUAACGGAAUUGGUACAGCGGGACAAAAAUCACCCCUCGAUGAUUAUGUGGUCUAUUGCUAGUCAUCGGUGGGCGUGGCCGAGUGAAAAUAUGACGUCACACCUAAAGAAAAUGAUGGAGUUCACUAAGGAAAUAGACAUGCAAAAACGACCUGUAACAUACGUGGCGUCAUCGGAAGACAGAUGGUCAGUGGUUGAAGAUUCUGCGGUACGUUAAGCGCUAUUGACAACUUUAAUAGAGCUGCUUAAAAUGGUUAAUAUUCAAAAGUUUAUAGAGAAUGGACGUCAUAGUAGUCCAGUCUACCCGGCGUAGCAGGCUUUUCCGCUCGAGUUGUUGCGCGAAAAUUAGAGGGCGAAAGCGAAAAACAAGUGGACGCGUGAAAACGCUUGUUAAGUAUGAGAAAACAGCCAACAAUUAAGGACGCCACCAAUAGUUUCUCUGAGAAAUGACCUCCGAGGAACGAGCUCUGAAAUUCUAUACUGAGGACGUAUCACCACCCAGGUCCGGUUACUGGCACGCCAUCAGUAUAGAAUUUCUGUGCCCGCUCCUCAGAGGUGAUUCCGCGGGGAAACAAGUAGUGGCGUCUCGAAAUUUUGGCUGUUUUCUCAGACUAACGCUUGUUAUGCAGCGGUCUAAGUGCAUUGGUCUGUUAGUAACGCAUGGGCUUUCUAAUGUGUGAUACCCGUUUCCGGGAGACUUCAACAUAAAAAGAUAUGUAAGACAAAAAGAAGGCCCAUUAACUCCUUAGUUGGCCCAGGCUAUCCAGGGAACUUUACGGCAUUUGAACUGUGCUUUUGAGAAACAACCAAUGAUAUUUCGGUAAUAAUCACGGCCUUCUGUAAUCUUGUCCUCAGCUUGAAUUCUGUGAUGUAAUUUCUUUCAACCGUCAUUACGGCUGGUAUUGGUACCCAGGCCAGCCCGACUUAAUAGCCAAGUCGUUGGAAGAGGAUCUACGUGGCUUACAUAACGUGUUUAGUAAACCAGUGCUCAUGGCGGAGUAUGGGGGCAGCGCUGUAGCUGGAAAGCAUAAGGUGAACAGAAGCAGAGGAUAACAUAAUACAUUAGAGUGUUCUUCCUUUUGGUUGAAACGACAGUAGAGCUUCAUUUUCUGAAGAUGAUGCCGAAGGUCGGAUGAAGGAUAGAGAGCGGAAGCUCCACACGAAAAAUUAUUAUUUUAUCCACUAAAUAGUAUAUUACAAGUAAUCCCUUAUAUUCUUCGGGGAAGGAAGGACGGAAUGAAAUGAGAGAGUACUUGUGAAAAUUGACAACUUAGAAGGGAAAUAACAUUGUAUUCUCUCUGGGUGUCGCCUGGUCCCUCGUGAGCCUCGUGAUGGCACUUUUUCCUCCCCCAUGCGCGUUUUAGUUAGACAAUAAGUACUAAAUACCAUCCAGUCUCUGUCUUUAUUAUUUAUGCUAUUCAAAAGAUUUCUCAAGUUUAAAAAAUAAGGAGCACGUUGCGACUAAAUUGUCAUUGACAGUAUAAUAGCUAUUGGGAUAUAAUGAUUGUAUUUGAUUUUUAUAAUAGCUAUUGGGAUAUAAUGAUUGUAAAUGUGAACGUUUUUUCCCCCACAAGAGCUUACGAGCUCUCAAGAAAUCGUUCCAGAGCAUUCGUUCCUUGGUGAACUAGGAUGACUAGGAUUAGCACUGAACCGCCUCCCAUGUUGGUGAAGACGUGUGUUCUCUCCACUGCGCAACCCGUCAACCUUGAACAGAUCUAAGAGAGAAUGAGCGUUCCAACUUAUUGCGAGGAUAAAUAAUAAUAAGGAAAAAGAAACCACUCGUAGCUAACAGUAUUGCAGUUUUUACUUCGUCACUAAUCAGCACCAUUUUCUUUCCUGUUGCAGCAACCGUCUAUGAUUUACUCAGAAGAGUAUCAGGUAGUAAAAAACACCGGUCCAUGUUUUACUUGCGCCUCCACGAUUUGUGUUUUAGUAGAGUGUCUACGACGCAGGCAGGUAGUCUGAUAGCGUCCAGUGUGCUUGAUAAUCCCUUUCCUCACUAUCAUUAUCAUCUUUCGAAUUCUUGCUCUCCCAGCCACUACCAUCAAAUGUCAUCGCUAUCAUCACCUUAACAUCAUCAGUAGUGUGGUAGGGAUGUUUUACUCCUUUUUGGGGUAGGAAUCUCUUUUUCAUGAAUAAAAUGCGGAGGAAUCUAAUUAAGAUAAGGUCAUAUGCUAUUUUUAGAUGGUUUAACCGGUUUGACAGGGUUAAUAUCGAUGAAUGUCUUGCUUUUUGAAUGGUUGACUAAAAAAUAAGAAAAGUAUUUAUUGUUUGCUUCAUUCGAAGGAACAAGUGCUAACUCGCCCGUGACUCAAAAUCACUAAGCUAGAACGUAGUUAAGAGUUUUAUUUCCUGCCGCUUUCAUCGUCCACUGCAGACAACAAGUUGUUCUAGUUCCGGUUUACUGAUUCUUAACGGGCAAAUCGUGCUCUUUCUAGCACUCAGCACAAGUUCUUACUUACCAAAUCCCCCUUCCUCUCCUCCAAAAUUCAUUUUCCCCUCUUCCUUAUAUUCUUUAUAUUACCUCCACCACCACCACCACCACCACCACCACCACCACAUUGCUGUUAUUACAACUCACCCCCAGAAUCCACCGGCCAGCUCUUCUUACAGGGUUCUGAUCAGGAUCAUUAUAAGCCUUUUAGGAAAAACUGCCACCUACCCCUCGCUUAGCCCUUGUAAUAGGCCUGUCACGUUUGUCACACACGAACGUUUUGUCUUUCCGUUAUUUCUGUCGCCCCGUUUCGUAAGCUCACUAUUCAAGAAACUGGCCCCCGAACAAAAUCUUUACUGCACUGCCAACAGAAAUGACAAUUCAUAAAAGGUUUUUGUCUUUCUUCAGCCGGCAUAAAGUUCAUUUUGAUUUGUUUUAUUUUACAGGUGGAUACAAUGAAGAAAUAUUUUCCCGUCUUUGAUAAACUCAGAAAGGAGUUUUUGGUGGGAGAAAUGAUUUGGACCUUUACAGACUACAGCGUUCUGGAAUGUAAGUAAGACAGACAAUCAGUGUUAAUGGGUGAAAAGGAGGCCCGACGUUUUAAAAUUAUUCCUUUGUAAAGGAAAUUACUUUCUUUCAUUUAAAAGCAAUUUUUACUCAAAAAAAUAAUACUCACGAUAUUGGAUUUUUUUUCAGUAAUUAGUUUAGGCCCAGUCCACACGAAUAUAGAAACGAAUCGAUCGGCGCGCGCACACUACCGUUUUGAUGCGUUUUCGACGUUCCACACUAACACGUUCGACAACGAUAGAAUUGAAAGUUGUGACGUAAGUUGAACUCUAUGGGCAUGCUACAAACACACGCGCCUGCGAUAUUUUUGGUCAUCGUUUUUAUUUUGCGACCGUCAACACUAAUACGAUAUGUAUGCGUUUUCGUUUUGAUCCACUUUCAAGAGCGUUUUUAAAUCUAUGCGUUUUCGGUGAAACCGCGCAGCGUAUUAGUGUAGACGGAAGGCCUAAACGCUUCGUCCGUUGGUGCGGACGGGGCCUUGUGUCAGUAAUGAUUUAUUAUCAUAAUCAUUCAUGGAAAUCUGUGCAUGAACCAUCUUUCACUGCAAAAUUAAAGAUGAUCACUACAAAACUACGCAAAUUUCAAAUUCUCACACACAAGGAUAAGAUCCUGAUUAUGGGCUUAUUUAAAAAUUGUAAUUCAUAGGCAUCGGCCGGUAUGAAGCAAAACUUCACCGGAAAUUAAAGACUGACAACAAUGCUUACAAACAUCCCAUAGCCAUCAGAUUUGGAGAUUGAAUCAGUUUUUAUUUGGUUUUUCACUACUAUUUCAACUGACUUUGCUGACUUUGUCUUAAUUCAUUUACCUGCAUAGCCUCCGUGGCAGGCGUUCGAGAGAGAAGGGUAAAGGAAUUAGGGAGCGAGACCACGCGCGGAGGAGGAGGGAGGAGCCCCACACGCUCUCACGCGCCCAAAUUCCCCCUUCAGCCCCUACCCCUUCCCCUUUUAACGCCUGCCACGCAGGCAAUUACCUACACUGACCUGGGCAUGAAUUCAGCGGGGUGGUAGUUAUUCGUUUUGCGAUGUCUCGGUAACCUUGGAAAGCAAGGUCUAAAAGAUUGAUAGAGUUGCAAAUGUUUGUGUUUGGUUUAGCACUUACUAAAGCUUAUCAACCUAAAGUUGCAAUGUUUUGCGUCCUUUUUGUUCUCCUCAGCUUACAAUCCUAUGUCAGCUAACACAAAGGGGCUGUUAACUCGUCAGAGACAACCGAAGGCCUCGGCGCAUGCUCUACGACUGAGAUACCAAGCCUUAACCAUGGACGCACAUCCGAGAUUCACUGGUGACGAGUUACUGGACACGUUAAUAAGAUUUAAGCCUCGCCUUGGUACAGAAUACCCAAUCAUUUUUAAGAAUCGACAUCGACUGCCUGCUUUGAUUCGAGAGGAAAGAGUUAACACCACCAUCAGAAAACGCUCUGUUGACCAUAUCAUGGUUUUCUAUGAACCAUAAUUAGCCAUUCCUUCCCUACGAAUCCUGAUUUCAAAACUU